AUGGGUUUGAAAAUGCAAGGCCACCAUCACCUGGUGGCAGUGAGUUUGAAUGAACAGCAGCUGGGCAGAAAAAGGAAGUACACAUCUUACAUACCCAGAACAAAUCAAGGCAAAUACUUGGCAUUGUGGAUCAUUGCUUUUGGGUUUGUGGCCGUACACGUUUACAGAUGUAUAGAUGCAGGUCAUCAAGAGAGAAUUGAAGAGGGUUUAGUGAGUAUGUGUGAUCAAAGGGCGAGAAUGUUACAAGAUCAGUUCAGUGUUAGUGUUAAUCAUGUUCAUGCUCUUGCUGUUUUGGUUUCUACUUUCCAUUAUUACAAGAACCCAUCAGUAAUUGAUCAGGAAACAUUUGCAGAGUACACAGCAAGAACAGCAUUUGAGAGACCUCUAUUGAGCGGAGUGGCGUAUGCACAAAGGGUAAUGAAUUCCGAUAGGGAAGAAUUCGAGAGUCAACAUGGAGGGACUAUAAGAACAAUGGCAAAGGAGCCUUCGCCUCACCGCGAUGAAUAUGCCCCUGUGAUUUUUGCUCAAGAAACUGUUUCCUACCUCAAUUUGUUAGAUAUGAUGUCGGGCGAGGAAGACCGUGGGAAUAUCUUGAGGGCUCGGUCCACUGGGAAAGCAGUGCUCACAAGCCCGUUUAAGCUCUUGGGUUCUCAUCAUCUGGGGGUAGUUUUGACUAUUCCUGUAUACAAAUCGAAACUUCCCCCAAAUGCAUCUGUUCGAGAUCGAAUUGAAGCUACAGCUGGGUAUCUUGGUGGAGCAUUUGAUGUCGAGUCCCUUGUUGAAAACCUUCUUGGUCAGCUUGCUGGAAACCAGGAGAUAGUCGUGAAGGUUUAUGAUGUCACCAACACGUCCGAUCCUCUAAUUAUGUACGGUCGCCAGACUCAAGAUGGCGAUCUGUCACGCACUCGUGUGAGCAUGCUCGACUUCGGUGAUCCAUUUAGGAAACACCAGAUGACUUGCAGGUAUCUUCAUAAGGCACCUAUCUCGUGGACAGCCAUCACCACUGCAACUUUAGGCUACGUGAUUGUCUUGUUAGCUGGCUACAUGUUCUAUACUGGAGCCAUCCAUAUCGUUCAAGUUGAGGAUGACUUUGAUACAAUGCAGCAAUUGAAAGUCCGAGCAGAAGCUGCUGAUGUCGCCAAAUCCCAGUUUCUUGCCACCGUCUCACAUGAAAUCCGAACCCCCAUGAAUGGCAUCCUCGGGAUGCUUGCACUACUCCUGGAUACGGAUUUAAGUUCAACACAACGGGAUUACGCUCAAACAGCUCAAGCGUGUGGAAGGGCGUUGAUUACUUUGAUAAAUGAAGUGCUUGAUAGGGCCAAGAUUGAAGCUGGGAAGUUGGAACUAGAGGCAGUCCCGUUUGAUCUUCGAUCCAUUUUAGAUGAUGUCCUUUCAUUAUUCUCCGAGAAGUCUCGGCAUAAAGGAAUUGAGUUGGCUGUUCUUGUAUCGGACAAAGUUCCGCAAAUUGUCAUGGGGGAUCCGGGAAGAUUCAGACAAGUGAUUACAAAUCUUGUGGGAAACUCUGUUAAAUUUACGGAACAAGGACAUAUAUUUGUUCAAGUUCAUCUUGCGGAACACUCUAAAGCUGUUGUUGAUGCAAAAUCUGAGACUUGUAUGAAUGGAAGAUCCGAAGGCUUUUCCCAGUUCAAAACGUUAAGCGGUCGUGAAGUUGCAGAUGACCGAAAUAGUUGGGACAAGUUCAAGCAUCUAAUAGCGGAUGAAGAGUUCCCAUUUCAAGUGAUAACGUCUGAUGGAACUUCUCAGAGUGUUAAUCUAAUGGUGUCGGUUGAGGACACAGGAAUAGGGAUCCCGAUACAUGCUCAGGAGCUCGUUUUCAUGCCAUUCAUGCAGGCGGACAGUUCAACCUCGAGACAUUAUGGAGGAACGGGAAUCGGGCUGAGCAUCAGCAAGUGUCUGGUGGAGCUGAUGGGCGGUCAGAUAAGCUUCGUUAGUCGGCCUCAAAUUGGUAGCACGUUUUCUUUCACGGCUGCCUUUAAACGGUGCGAGAAAAACGCGGUUAGUGAUCCAAAGAGAUGUCUUUAUGACGAUCUACCGACUUCGUUUAAAGGUUUGAAAGCGACCGUGGUUGAUGCGAAACCUGUUAGAGCUGCUGUAACGAGAUACCAUCUGACACGAUUAGGUGUGCUCGUGGAGGUCGUUCAUAGCAUACGGAUGGCGGUUUCCCUUUCCGGCCAAAAUGGUUCUGUGAGAUCAAAAAACGAAUGGCAACCGGAUAUGAUUCUAGUCGAGAAAGACGUGUGGUUAUCGGGUGAGGAUGUGAGCAACGUACAUCUUUUUGACUGUAGACAUAAUGGGCAUGUGAUAAAAUCGCCUAAAAUGAUCCUUCUUGCUACAAACAUAACUGGUGCCGAAUUCAACAAGGCAAAAGCAGCCGGGUUUUCCGACACGUUGAUCAUGAAACCGCUGAGAGCGAGUAUGGUGGCGGCAUGCCUUCAACAGGUUCUGGGAACGGUAAAGAAGGUGGAACAAGGUAAGGUUAUGGCGAAUGGAUCGUUUUAUCUUCGGAGUUUGCUCUGCGGGAAGAAAAUAUUGGUUGUUGACGAUAAUAGAGUGAACCGUAGAGUUGCAGAGGGUGCUCUUAAGAAAUUCGGUGCCGAUGUAGAGUGUGCCGAUAGCGGAAAAGCGGCCCUCGAAUUGCUUCAAUUGCCACACAGUUUCGAUGCCUGCUUCAUGGACAUUCAAAUGCCGGAAAUGGACGGUUUUGAGGCCACGCGUCGUAUACGUGUGAUGGAGAGCCAGGCGAACGAGCAACAUACAGGUGGCUCGAUGGAAGGGUCGUGCGACGGUUCAACCACCGAGUGGCAUUUGCCAAUACUAGCCAUGACCGCCGAUGUGAUCCAUGCAACAUUUGAAGAAUGCCAAAAGAGCGGAAUGGAUGGGUACGUAUCAAAGCCGUUUCAAGAAGAAAAUCUUUAUCAAGCCGUCGCCAAGUUCUUCGAGUCCAAACCGACCACCGAGUUGUAGUUUGAUCUUAAAAGCCCCAGCAAAUUUUGCAUAUCGCUUCUGCUGGUGUGCAUCUUAUAUGUACAUUCAACGGUACCGGGGUUUUCCAUUCCCGAGAUCCGGUGCACCGGCAGUAUAGUUUUGGACCACCGGUUGUGUAACCCUAACCAAGUUUGGAUCUAACUCGACGACACGCAUACCACUCCAUGGAUCGAACCCUUACGCGUUUGUAUAGAUGGUUUAGGAAAGGGCUCGAGUUGUAUCGUCAUUUGUAACGAUAUCGGGGAGCUGUUGGAAACACAUAUUUGAUGUUGUAUAAUUGUGUUUUGGCAAUAGAAGGAGGCUGGCUGUUUCCA